AUGUCGACCUCAAGUCAAGAGAAUGAUGUUUUAUCUAAUGCGACUUUCCUCUCUGGUAAAGACACGAACCAGCUCUCUUUCGUUCACAAUAAGGCACUUUAUACAACACCCCCAGACAACAUAGAAAGCGUCCUGCCUACACUGGACCCUCAGGGCACUCAGUUCUCAAAAAUACCAGCAACUGACUGUAUUCUUGUUGCGCUAGCAUUUGAACGUCUUCACCUUGCCAAAUGUGGUGGAUCACCGCCUGGAAUACCCUAUCGAUGCCACCCAGUCACCGAGGCUGGGGUUGCGUAUAUGGAUAUGAGGGAUGUUCUGCAUGGCCGAGGCAAGGAUGUUAUACCUGGAGAUCGUGGAUCAGCUUGGUUCAAACUCAUGACUCCCCUUCAUUAUAUCGUGGAGGAGUACAAAGACCACCAACACGAAUCAGGUCAACCGCAGCAAUUCUUGUUUGCCUUUGGGAGGUCGAAACUGGUUAAAGCAAAUGAGCUUGCAUACAGAUUGUAUCGUCUUUUUGCGGCAUUGAGGAAGAUGAACCGAUUGAAGGAUGAGAUUGGGAAGGGAACGUUUCGAAAACUUAUCUUUAUCACAUUCAACUCGGUGCCUGUGGAAGACACACUCAGCAGACUAGGUUUGGAAUGGUUGAGAGAGUCCUAUGUUCAGACAUGGGACCUCCAGAGAGAUAGUCGACUUCAGUCUCGAUUCAAGAAUCUCCCAAUGUCCUUCGAGUAUGUACUGGAGAGUCUGGGAAUUCGCUUUGAAGACACUCGGUUUGGGAACUUGUCACGGUGCGCAGGGAACACAGCUGUGUUCGUGGCCCAGGUGUUUCUGGCCCUAUUUUACAGAGAUGAAGACCAGAAAGAUGCGUUUAUAGCAUGCAAGCCUAUGUGUUGGUUGAGGUACACCUGGGUUGGGCAUGCUUUGGAUCAAACGAACAUGGCACCAGGGGAGUUGCCCAAACGAAGAGAUGAGAAUCAGAUGAACCGUAAUGAUGUGCCUCAGAGAAGGAACGAGAAGGUCUUUAGCUAA